AUGUUUUUCCAGCUGCUAUUUUCCUUCAUAAGCCCUACCAUCUCCUCCAGAUGUUGCGGCACCUACAAACAGCUUACCGGGGCAAAACAGUGUGAUUGGGACUCCAGGGUUGUCUCCACAGUGCAUGCAUUGAUUGUUGGAUCUUUUUGUCUCUACAUAUUAGCUUACGAUGAUGCAGUGAACCUGGACCCCAUAUGGGGUGAUCCUUUUCAGGUGAAAAUGAAUGUUGCAAUCACUUGUGGCUACCUCGUUUAUGAUUUGUUGCUUUUUGCUCGCUAUUGGAAGGAAAUGAGAGACCCUUAUAUGGUCUGCCACCACUUUGCAGUGAUCUACGCAUACGGAUAUGUGCUGAACCGAGGAGUGCUGCCAUAUUUUGCCAAUUUUCGGUUGAUAUCUGAACUUUCAACGCCCUUUGUAAAUCUGAGGUGGUUCUUCGAUGCUGUUGGACUGCCACGUUCCUCCCAGCCCGUCCUGAUCAAUGGCUUGGCAAUGGCCGUGGUCUUCUUCAUUGUCCGAAUUGCCGUCAUUCCCAGCUAUUACUCACAAGUCUUUGCCACGUUUGGCACGGAAGGUUACAUCAGGCUGGGCAUUGGCCCACAAGUGGCGUGGAUUGUCUCCUGUGUCAUCUUGGACAUUCUCAAUGUCUUCUGGAUGUAUAAAAUCGCAGCUGGAUUUUACCGGGUAGUGACAAAAGGCAAACCUGGAGGCAAGCCUAAAAGAAACCAUGCAGAAUGA